AUGCUUUCUAGGGAAGCGAGGCGAUUCGUCGUCCUAUAUGUUCCCUUGAUUACAGCCAUCUUCCUUAGCAUUCGUCUGAUCCGGAAACACACCACUCCCCAGGACCCGAGCCAGCAGCUGCGGUGGAUACACCCAGCGUCGCCGAAAUGGGGCUCGAGGCCCAGUGUCAAAGACGCAGCGGUCGCAAAACACAUUGGGCACGCCGACGACGACGGCGGCAGUGAGAUCACCGCAGCAGCAUUGCCGCAACAGCAUGACGAAAAAGCCCCCUCGCCGCCAGACACCCCUCAGAUGGUCACAUCGCAGACGGCGCCCGAAGAGCUCGGCGCGAAGCUGCUGCUGCCGCCGCCGCUGUCGACGGAUCCCUUCCAGGGCGCGUCUCAGGCGGUCCCGGCCACUCACGUGGUCGUCUCGUCUUCGGGCGAGCUGAACCCUGUCGACGCGGCAGCAAAAGCAGCAGGGGCAGGGGGUGCCAUGCCUUUCAGGCCGCUCGUGUUCGGCGGGCGCACCACCAUCAACCCAAACGUGCUGCCGCACCCGACCAAGAGGGACACGUACGUCAUGGUGGCGCAGGAGCACCCGCCGCCGCCCGACUCGUUCGGCACCUUCACCGAGCUCACGUGCGACGCCGCGCUCAACCGCCGCGGCGAGCUCGCCUGCGUCACCUUCCCCGUGCCGCUGGCCAUCGAGCCCACCCGGACCAAGGGCAACAACGCCUGCGACGACCCGACCAAACCCGGCCUCGAGCUGCUGCAGAUCAACCGGGGCCCGCACGACGCGCGCGUGUUCUUCGGCCCCACCGGCGGGGACCCACUGGUCUCGUACGGGAGCAACUCGGGCUUUACGUGCUUUGGGCAGUGGAUACAGGACUUUUGUGCGGUGAGCCGCUGGGGCGAGCAGCAGCAGCAGCAGCAGCUCGACGACGGGACCAGCGCGCCGGCGGACCGGCUCUUUGCGCGCGGCACCGAGAUGCAGCGGCCGGCGGGCGACGGCUACUCGGCGGUGGAGAAGAACUUCUUCGUGUUCUGGGACCGGGACGGCGUGGCGCACGCGCACCACGCCAUGCACCCGAGGCGGGUGCUGGGGCGACUGGGCGCGGACGGCAGCGUGGGCCGGGACCUGGGGCGCGACACGGCGGCGGCGGACGGCGCGUGCAUGGCGCGCCACCUGCCGAACCUGGACCGGAUUCCCUGGCCGGUGGGCCCCGGCGACGAGGACGACUCGAUCCACCAGUCGACCAACUCGCUCGCCGUCACGCUGUGCCGGCGCGCGGACGCGGGCUGCCGGCCCGGGCCCGACAACACCUUCGUCGCGACCGUGGUGCAGCACAAGCGCUACCGCAGCUUCCGCAGCUCCUACGAGGCGUACGUGGUGCUGUUUCGCCAGGAGGCCCCGUUUGCGCUGCACGCCGUCUCGCGCAGGCCGCUGUGGAUCUCGGGUCGGAGGACCACCGCCGAGAGGACCGAGAUGUUUUACAUCACGUCGCUGAAUUGGAUGAGGCCCGGCCAGGGCUACCAUGGGUACCUGGACGACGUUGUACUUGCCGGAUUCGGCAUCGAGGACGAGAGGUCGGCGGUGCUGGACGUCAGGGCUGGGGAUUUGUUUCAGGAUUUGGGGCUGUGUUGA